UUUUUGUGUGUUCGCGGCUUUGUAAGGUAUCCAAACAGAGUGUAAGUGCUCCUUUGCUGCGUUGCGUGUCCAAACAAACGUAUUUGAAAGAAGGCGACCUUUGGUGUCAACCAUCGGCUGUGAUAUAUCAUGAGAAUACGAUGGAUAUCUUGGAAAAUCGACAGUUAUCCUCGAUCAAGGGUAAAGAUCCCGUCCAAGUUCAACCGCAGAAGAUAAGAUUACGUCUCAGGCCAGGAGAGGACUAUCGCAUAACUAUGAAAUACAGUCAGGCAGAGGAUUAUCCUGUAGAUCUAUAUUAUCUUAUGGACUUAUCGGCGUCUAUGGAGCCGUACAGAGACAAAUUAUCGAAACUCGGUCUACAAUUGGCUAAAGCCAUGCAAAAGCUCACGUCGAAUUUUCGCAUUGGCUUUGGCAGCUUUGUAGACAAGGUCGUUUUACCGAUGACUAGCACGCAGCCCGAUAAAUUAAAAUCUCCCUGCAAUUUGAAAACUGGUGAACCUUGUGCACCGCCUUACGAUUAUAAAAAUCAAAUGCCUCUUACGGAGAACGUAGCUCUAUUUGAGGAUCAGGUACAAGCGGCGCCGGUGUCGGGUAAUCUGGACGGUCCCGAAGGCGGGCUCGACGCGAUGAUGCAGGUCAUAGUAUGUACCAAGGAAAUUGGCUGGCGCCAAAAAGCACGUCAUCUUAUUGUGUUCUCAACCGAUGCGAUCUUCCACAUCGCCGGGGACGGUAAGCUUGCAGGGAUAGUAGAGCCAAACGAUUGCAAGUGUCACUUGGACGAGAAAGGAUUCUACACUUACUCCCUUCUGCAGGAUUAUCCGUCGAUUUCUCAGGUCAAUAGAAAAGCGCGCGAGCACAAUAUGAAUAUUAUCUUUGCCGUCCCUGAUCACAAAAAUGCGACUUAUCAACGAUUAAGUAGUAGCAUCAGCGGAUCCUCAACUGGAACUCUCGAAAAUGAUUCGCAGAAUGUCGUCGCCUUAGUGAGCAGCGAAUACGAAAAAUUAGUGGAUUCGGUGACAAUAAUCGACACAGCGCCAGAGAUGAUCGACGUUAAAUAUUUCUCCCGAUGUUUAAACAAAACAGGAAAGUUGUUGGAACGUCAAGAAUGCGGAGGACUUCGCGUAGGCAACAUUAUCGAUUUUGAAGUUGUACUUAAGGUUGUCGAAUGUCCCAAGAAUCCAAAGGAUUGGCAUCAAACUAUGGAGAUCAAACCUAGAGGCCUAAAUGAGAGUUUAACUAUCGAUCUGGAAAUUAUAUGCGACUGUCCUUGUGAGAAUCCUGGACACCGGGGAUAUCAGCUGAACGCAGCAGAAUGCAAGGGUAAAGGUACAUCCGUGUGCGGCGUGUGUUCCUGCAAUCCCGGUUUUUAUGGAAAACAAUGUGAGUGCGAGGGAAACGACAAUGGUGAUGCUGACAAAUCGAUCUCGAUGAUCGACUGCAAACCCGACAAUCAAACCACCGAGAUUUGCAGCGGUCAUGGCACAUGCAAGUGUGGCGUCUGCGAUUGCGACAAACGACCGAACAAUCCGCAAGAACUGUUCUACGGAAAAUACUGCGAAUGCGACAAUUUCUCCUGCAAACGCAGUGGUGGCCAGGUCUGCGGCGGACGGGGCAAGUGCGAAUGCGGUACCUGCAAUUGCCUGCCGGGAUGGGGUGGCGAGACGUGCGACUGCAAGGAGACCAACAGUACGUGCAUCCCGACGACAGGCAAGAACGUCGAGAUUUGCAGCGGACGUGGCAAGUGCAUCUGCGGUAGCUGUCACUGCCACGAGCGGGACAAUAUCCGAUAUUCCGGACAAUAUUGCGAGGCGUGCCCAACGUGCCCAGAACAACGGUGUGAUGAACUGAAGGAUUGCGUGGAGUGCAUAGCGUACAACACAGGACCACUCGCGACAAACGGGAAGUGCGACUUGUGCGUGCACGAAAUAGACAUUGUCGACACUGUCGAGGAAGAUCUUGCGAAAGAUAAGGAAACCGGCGCCCGCAUAUGUCGAACACCCGGUGAUGCAGGCUGUACGUUUGUCUUUAAGUAUCAAUAUCACAGAGCUGGUACCGGAGGAGACAUCAAAAUUCUUCAGAUUCAAGCCGAGAAAGAAAAAGCUUGCCCAACACUUAUUGACGUUUUCGGUGUUGCACUGGGCGUCGUCAUAAGCACCGUCGUCAUCGGUUUCCUGAUUCUCCUCAUUUGGAAGAUCCUCACGAUCAUCCACGACAAGAGGGAAUACGCCAAGUUCGAGAAGGAGCGCGCCCUCGCCAAAUGGGACAGAGGCGAGAAUCCUCUGUACAAACAAGCGACGUCGACUUUCUGCAAUCCGACGUUCAAGGAAACCGCCAGAAAUUAGUAAUUUUUAGCUUUAGACUCUCAUUGUGAUAUAUUACGAAUUUCGUAUAAAAGUUUCUAAUUUUAUUUUUUAUGUGUUGAAAUUUCAUAUAAUAAAUAAAUUAAAAGAUGA